UGUGGGUCUGUGUCCGCUGUCUUUCUCUGUUUUCCUUGUCCGGCACUAACGAGAUUACUCGAGUGAAAAGAUUCCAGCUUUAUUGGUUUUUUAACCCCAACGUACUUCGUAUUCCCAUGCCCCACAACCAUCACCAUUCCGAAAGACCUUCUAGACCCUUUUCCCUUUUUAAAAAAAGCUCCAUCAAUCCAUCUCUCUCUCUCCCCUCCAUUUCCUGUGCUGUUCUCCAUCUUCUUCUUCUUCUUUCUCUGUCUCUACCCCCCUCUCUGUUUCUGAAAUGGAUGCGGCUUUCACUUGCCUGGGCAUGAGGAUCGACCCCAGGUGGAUGACCCUCAAGUUCCUGAAGAACGCUCUGUUCCAUGCCAAGAUCAUGCUGAUCUCUUCCCUCGCCCAUCUGGGCCUGAUCAGAUUUCGACAACGAGAGCACGAGGAGGAAGAACAUGAACCGCACUCGCUGGACCUGUCCAACAACUCCGUCCUCGUGAUGGACGGCUCGACGCCGGCCCUCGUCCCCGUCCACAUCCUCGCGUCCCGGUUCAAGGACAAAGUGCCGGUCCUCGAGUUUGGGGAGCUCCUCGCCAAGAGCAGAGCAUUGCCCGAAGGUGAUGGAGAAGGAGGAGGGGGAGGCGAUCAAUGCCGAGAGAAGACGUGCGCGGUGUGCUUGAGCGGGGUCGAGGGGAAACACGAGGUGCGAGAGCUGCUCAACUGCAGCCACGUUUUCCACAGGGUGUGCUUGGACCGGUGGGUCGAGGAGAACCAGGUGACGUGCCCUCUCUGCCGGUGCUUGCUCUUCCCUGCAGCAACCCCGAGGCGAAGAAUAACAGCAGAAGCUUGCGACUGAAGAAGAAGGAGAUGGGAUCGAGUUGACUCAUUUAUGAGAACUCGCUUGCUCCGAUUAAGCAUGUGGGGGGGGGGUUGGUUGAGGUUGUACAUUAAUUCACGGGGACGGGAUUCCAUUGGAUUUAGGACAAGUACUUGCGGAUUCACAGAAACCGCAUGUAGUGUGAGCGAGAGGGUAGUUUUAACUGUGCAUCAGUUAUUGCAAGACAAGCUCGAAGCCCUCUUCGGAGUGAUCUGUGUGGCUUGCAGAUUUGUAAUUUGAACUAAUCAAAUUUCUCUC